AUGAAUAACCCAGCUCCACCACAACCUUCGCCACCAACACAAUCACAACAGACACCUGAACAGCUGUUGCAACAACAAGAACUGCAAGAACUGCAACAGCUGCGAGAAAAAUUCCAGCAGACGCAGCAACAACUACAAACAUUGCGGCUGCAAUACAUACAGCAGCAACAAGAAAAUUGGCGAAAUCAACAAAGUUAA